GCGGUUUUACCAAGGUCAACCUACACGAGGAGCAGCAGUGGGACAGACGGAAGCAUGAUCCUAGGUUGGGUGGCGGAGCCGACGCUAGCUGCGGCAGCGUCGAGCUCAUGGGUUGGGCGAACAUCCCAGACUCGACAUCUCCCGCGUUUCUCUGCGGCACGGCGGCCGUCGUCUGACACGGCCUGCACUCUUGACGACUCAGCUCAGGAAAAGCAGCCAGAGCCCAUGUCCCGAGCGUCUGUCGUUCGCCUUGUGUCCUCAACGUUGUUGGUUGGGUCAGCGGCUUGUGGCGUACUCGCCGCUCCCGCCUCGGCGUUGGACCCUCAGCGUGAUCGGAGAACGGCCGUAACGCCGCCGCGCCCUCUGCUGCUGCCCGUCGUGAAACUACGGGCAGCAACGGCGAAGGUGCUUGAUCUCUUGGAGGAUCCAGGCGGUUGGGAGGAAGCGAGGUCCCUUCUAAGGUCUCCGCCGCUGUCAAAUCCGGACUUUGCCAAGAUCUUGGAUCGCUACAGCGAUUCCAACUGGGAGAAACACAUAUUGGGGGACCUCUAUCGAAAUCAAGGCCUGGCGAGCAUCAAGGCUCUGGACGAAGUGAUGUCGUUUGCUCUGCAGCAGCAGGAGGAUGGGGUGGCGGUUUCGCAGGAGGACGUCGACGACGUGCUAGAGUCCGGUCGCGCUCUCGCGGCCAGCCUCGACGACUUCUUGGCCCUCGCGCCGCCGGAGGACCUACGAUUGGUCAAAGAUCUUGUCGCGGAUCCCGCACGAUAGUAAAGAGCUGCUGUUGUCGUACAACAAAGUGAGCAGUUGACUGAUGUUUUCAUCGAGGAUGUGCUGGUCGAGGGGAUCCAUUAGCUCGAACGUGAAGUGUAGCAAAGAAACGAUUUAGGGUGUGUUGUAUAACGACGUCUAGGUUCCCUCCCUGGUGUACUAGACUGAACACGCUUGGAGAUCACCCGCGUGGGUGUCAUCAUAUUUCUUGCAUCUUCUUCCUUGACUUGAGUGGUGGUGAUGUACAAGGGCAUUGAUAGAUUUACUAGACGCAAAACACGCCUUUUAAUAUCGUUAGAGUUGCCGUUCCGAGGCAAUUAAUAAAGGCGUCCGGUGUUCUGGAGGUUGACCUCAAUACGAUGAACAAGUUGACCCAUGCGCGCGCGGCUAGAGGGCGGUGCGAUCGUGGGUGAAACCCAGUCGCAUACGCUGAGUCAAUGGGUCCUAGGACAAAACAAGAGUACAUGCCUGAUGUUUUCUUCAUAAAUGCCAGCAUUUGUUGCAGGCAAUCGAACCCAAUGUUGGUUUAACCUUGACUGUAGUGCCGAAAUAUUUUGGUGAUGGACAACGAAGAACCGAAGGGCCGGGGAAAUAACACACCUGUGCGAUCAUUUUUAGUAGUUUCCCCCCAAGCACAGGCGGUAUCACCCAUUCUUGUGUUCAAAAUGCAACGCCCCCGCUCCUUCGCUCGAAGCGCAUAAAGGUGCGUCUCUCCGACCCGUGGGCUACUGGACACACGCGACUGCAUCAUACGUACUGCCGAAUACUGGCCCCGUCUUCGUUCUACAGAACGUGAACCCGCCUACAGAGCAACGAAGUAGAGUGGUUGAAACGUCCGGAGACCAUGGACGCAGGGGGGCGAUAAUAAAGUGACGAGCUUUGAACGGCUGCAUGGGGUGGUAGCGGAGUAGGGGGAAAGAGAAAUUGGAAGGUGU